UGGUCGGCAACGGAAAAAAAAAGAAAGACUGAAGAUCGCUUGUUUUUUGUAUUUUCUUUUUUCCUUCUUUCUCUUCCGCUUCCCCAAUCUUCUUCCCGCGUAUUUCCAUACAUACCCUCAUCUCUAUUACAUGUCCGAGAAAAUAAGCCGCCUCGAAGAGGGCGCAAAGGAGCAAUACUACAAUGAAACGGGUAUGACUCACGGCAGCGAGAAGCUUGACGAAUACGACCCAACAUGCAUGUCCCAACAGAGCGCCGUCGACCCAGAGACAACGUUCCAAGGAACAAAGCGAGGUCUAAACGCACGUCAUAUCCAAAUGAUCUCGUUAGGUGGCGCCAUUGGUACGGGUCUGUUUCUGAGUUCCGGACAGAAUAUUGCGACGGCUGGACCUGGUGGUGCAUUGAUCGCUUAUUGUGUUAUUGGUUUUAUGGUUUACUGUAUUAUGACAUGUUUGGGAGAGAUGGCAACGUUUAUGCCAGUGUCCGGAUCUUUUAAUCAUUACGCAACUCGCUUCAUCGACCCUUCAUUGGGAUUCGCUUUAGGCUGGAACUAUUGUAAAUCUCUCAUUCCUUUCUUUUUUUCUUUCGUAACAGAACUUUCUGCUGCUGCAACCAUUAUUAACUGGUGGAAGCCAGUAAUGCCAGACGCUGCAUGGUCUGCUAUUUUCUUGGUUCUUAUCAUUGCCAUUAACUUAGUUGGAGUUCGAAUCUAUGGUGAACUGGAGUACUGGUUUGCUCUCAUCAAGAUUCUUAUUACUAUCGUUUUUAUCAUCAUUGCCAUUUGUGUAUCCACAGGUGGUCUGGGCGGUGAAGUUAUCGGUUUCAAAUACUGGCAUGAUCCUGGUGCUUUCGUAGGCGGUGGUGUGGGAACUGUUAGUGUGCUUCUUACUGCAGGUUUCUCCUUCCAGGGCACAGAAAUCGUUGGUAUCACUGCUGGUGAAGCAAAGAAUCCCACAAAGACUGUACCCCGAGCUAUCCGUAAUACAUUCUGGCGUAUCGUCUUCUUUUAUAUCGUCACCAUGUUCUUGCUUGGUAUCACUUUGCCAAAUGACGAUCCGAAUCUUGAGAAUAGCGACGACAGCGCCGGAACAGCUGCUUUCACACUAGUUUUCCAAAAGGCAGGAAUUGAUGCAGGCGCUCACGUGAUCAACGCCAUUAUUCUUACUAGUGUGUUGUCAGCUGCCAAUUCGGCGCUUUAUACCUGCUCGCGCACCUUACUCGGUCUUGCCCAUGAUGGUAACGGCCCUGCAUUUCUCUCACGCACCAACCGCUACGGUUCGCCUUACUGGGCCGUCAUUAUCUCUUCAAUUAUCGGUUUUGCCUGUGUAUUCGCAUCUAUCUAUAGCGCUUCUGAAGCUUUCAACUGGUUCUUAAGUAUCACCGCUGUCAGUGGCUUUAUCAGUUGGUGGGGCAUUGCAUUCGUCCAUCUCCGUUUCCGACGUGCAUACAAGCGACAAGGAAGACUUCUCGAAGACUUACCCUACAAAGCAUUCCUUUAUCCCUACUCUGCCAUUUUUGCUUGUGUACUGUGUAUCCUCAUUAUUCUGGGUCAGGGGUACACUGCAUUUACACCCGAAUUCGAUGGCGUUUUGUUCGUCACAAACUACAUUGGUAUCGUACCAGCCAUUCUCUGCUAUGUUAUUUACAAGCUUGUUCGACGUACGCGCGUGGUCCCAUUGGAUGAAGUUGAUUUUGAUACGGGACGUGUAUCUCGAUUUGAAAUGGAACAGGAAGAAGCAGAGGAGAGGAAUUUGCCUUGGUAUCGCAAAGUUUUCAACGUCAUUGCUUAAAUUAUUAUCAUGUACUUUUACCUUGUAUUUUUAUUUGUAUUAUUAUAUAUUUCAAUCACGACAAAGAAAAGGAGAAUCAAGCAAUAUUAAAUCGUGGGUGCUAGGUGGACCCGAGGGUUGCGAACUGUGAUUAUUUGUAUUAUAACAAGAUGCUGUGUGCACUACUUGUGCUUGUGAAGUAAUAUAAGGG